AUGGCACCGUCGCUCCACCCUCUCAUCGACAACGGUCUGACCAAAGGCCAGGCCGACUUCCCCGGGGGAAAAUUAUACUGUCACUGUCCCAGUAACAAGGUCGAAGUAACUCUCGGUUCUGACGUACUGCACAACCACGCAUGCGGCUGCUCAAAAUGUUGGAAGCCUGCCGGUGCACUUUUCUCAGUCGUCGGCGUCAUCCCCGUCGACAAAGUCAAAGUUACCGCAAAUGCCGAUAAGCUGCACAUUGUCGACUCGUCAGCCGCCAUCCAGCGCAACGCCUGCUCUCAGUGCGGUGUUCACUUGUACGGACGUAUCGAAAAUGACCACCCUUUCAAGGGACUUGAUUUUGUCCAUGUGGAGUUGUCCGACACACCAAAGGGAUGGCAGGAGCCACAGUUUGCGGCGUUUGUCUCGAGUAUUAUCGAACAGGGCUUCCAACCGGAGGGUAUGGAUGAGGUGCGAGCCAAGUUUCGCAGUGUCGGGUUGGAGACAUAUGAUGCUCUAAGCCCGCCUUUAAUGGAUGCGAUUGCCACUUGGACUGGAAAGAGAGCCGGGAAGUUGUAA